UACAGCCAUGGCAACAGGGCCUUUCUCCAGGCUCUCCUCGCCCACGGCACCUUGACAUUCAAGGAAGCACGGCCAAUAAUCGCCGCCAUCAUCAACGCCGAAAAUGCCAGAGACCCCGAGAGCAGAGAGUGCAGGCCCGAGCAGGUCUCUGAACAGAUGUUUCUAGACUACAUCGACAAGGCCUCAGCCGCAGCAUCUCUGUUCGACUACGAGAUCCGCAGCACGCAGCACCAGAUUACCAAGGAGCGCAUCUUUGCCCUCGUCAACACCACGUCCGACCCCCAGACGCAACUCGCCACGAUAUACAGCCCAGAGGAGCUGUCAUUUAUCAAGCGUGUUCUCGACCACAUCUUCGUAAAGCUCAACCGGCCCCGGAUGGAGUCGCUGUGCAUCACCGAGAUGCAAGCCAUCAAACUAGCACGACCGCGGCGUAGGGAGAGUCAGGGGGAUGGAGAGGAUCAGUCGCAGUCGCAGGCUCCCACGGACAGAGGGCUGAAGCACAGCGAGGUGGAAAGCGUGCUGGAGAGCCUGGUGGAGGGAGGCUGGUUCGAGAUUAGCAGGGAGAACUUUUACUCGCUGACGCCGCGAGCGCUCCUAGAGCUCCGUCCGUGGCUCAUUGAUAUGUACAAUGACCCGGAUGCUGAGCCUGGAGAGUGGCAAAGGAUCAAGUUCUGCGAGGCGUGCAAGGAGAUAGUGACCUGGGGGCUUCGAUGUUCAGAUCCCGACUGCACGCUGCGGCUGCAUGACAUUUGCCAAGAGGCGUUUUGGAGAUCACGGCGGGGGACAGAGUGCCCCAAGUGCUCGCGGCCUUGGAGUGGCAAGCAUUACGUUGGCGAGAGGGCCAUCACAAUGACCGAGGCGUACCAGAGGGGUAAAAGACGGAGC